AUGGCGGGUGAAUCUGGUGGCGAAGGAAAGCAAGUUUUGUUUGCUACAGAAGCUGAACUGUACAUUGAACAGCUUAAAACUUACCCUCUAAAAGAAAUAGGAAGUGCAAAGUAAGUAUUUACGUAGAAAGGAGCGUGAUCGAGCGGUCGGACUUAAACUCUCACGCCAUGGUAUGAACCAGACUGUGGACUGACCACAAGCUGGACACACAGUACGUCUGGCCAUGUAUAUAUGCGUUUAAAUAAGCAAAAUUAAUAGUCUUCCUCCUGCCAAUCAGAAAAAAUGUUAUUUUAUCGGUAGUAAAUUUUAAUUCUGCAGAUGGAUGAACCAACAUGAAUUCAUAGAGAAACUAAAUAUGCAGGUAAAUAUCUUAAUUUUGAAACAAAUCUUAUGCACCGAUCAAUGUAUUUCCCGCGGGUUGGGGGGGGGGGGAGUGCGGGCAAGGGGCGGGGAUUUGAAAAAAUUUUUGAUCAGAUUCCCCAGGGGGGGAAACGAAACAGCCCCACCCAAGGGAAAAAAAUCUAAACAAACAAUACUAUAAUACUACAUAAAACGAAUAAAAGAACAUUUCAAAAGUACGUUCUUACUGCUUUUAUUUAAGGUUAACGUAAGCUGUAAUUAAGUAAAAAAAAAAAAAAAAAAAAAAAGGUAUUUUCUCUCUCCACUAGCAUCUCUCAUUUUGAACAACAUAAUCCCUCCGGGAAGAUUGACCGUGCUAUAUAGUAUUAAUGAAACAUACAAUGCUUUAUAACAUCUGCUCAACAUGUCAGAACAGGUCGGAUCAGUGACCUGUAAAAAAUCCUCUGACUUUCAUGGUGGAAUUCGAUUUCAAUCCAGUUUUACAGGCAGAUGGGAACUUGAAGAUAAAAAGUUUCUCAAAAUAGACAUUAUCUGUUUAGAUGACAGUUUAAAGUAUCGGAUUAUGGCGAUUAAAACAAAUGAAAACUUCAUACCUUAAAGCCUCGUGGGACAGACUUGGUAACUGCUUCUGAAUUGAUACCAGGCUUCUGUCGGUCAAAGUCAAAUGUCCCGACCCUGGGGUUGCAUCGCGCGAUCAAAAGCUGGACAGGGGGAUAGUCUCAGGCAUCAAAUCCCCGCCCCUUGUGGGAUUUACAUUGAUAGGUGCAUUAGCCUAACCAGUCAACAUGGUACCAUUAACCCAUUCACACCUGAAUUGCCCAUAACUGCCUGUGUGGAUCCUCGUCCCUUGUAUCACUUGUGACGACAUCAUCAGUUCUACUAUCAAAUCAAGAAAACUGUGAACACUUGAAAUAAUUUACUGUAAGGCAUGUUUCUUGUGUUGUUACCAAUCGCAUCAAUGCUAUGGACAUGCAAGCCACAAACCCCAAAGUAAUUAUACCCAUUGUUACCUGUAGUUUAGUUUUCUCAUUCCUGAUUGGCUUUUUUCCUUACAACACAACAACAUUCCCGAAAUAUUUCUGUUGUUCCUAGUUUUCUGAGUGGGUCACAGAAACAACUAUAAUGCAUGCCUCUGACACCAAACUUGUGCAGGGGCAAAAGAUCUUUUGAACCAUAUCCAAAUGCAUACAUGUAUGACUCAGUCAAACAGGCUAGUAAGAACAAAGCAAAAAGCCAUCCAAAAUUUUUGUGUAUUGCUUUCUGUAAGAUAUUAUAUCUCUGCAAGGUUUUCAACAAUUCGAGUGUAAAUAAAGUUUAUGUAUGUUGAACUACCUCAGUUACUUUGGCUAAUCUGUAUUAUAUAUUUCGACUAUUAAGUAAUUACCGUAUAGCAGAAAUAUAAUCCUGUAUCUAUAUGGUUAAUAUGUAAGUAAUGUAAAUCAGUGAUGCAAAUAAAUUAAUUAAUUAAAAUAAAUAAAUAAAUAAAAAGUUUAUGUAUGUAUGUCUUUAUUAGGCUAUUGUCAGUGCUUCAUCACAGACAGAUGAAUUUGUCAAGGAACUGCUAAUAACUUUAGAGAAGGUGUGUGACCGUGCAAGUAAUAUUUUUGGUAUAAAAGAUUAUUUGUAUAAAGGAUUAUUUAUCAUUAUAUGUAUAUGAAAUAUGAGAAAGAUUAUUUUCUUUGGAAAAGGUCAACAAAGCUUGUUAAGUGGUGAGUAGAAUAAGAUGGUAAAGUGCUUGCUGUAAAUGCUAGGCCAUCUUGGUUUCAAAUGUACCAAGGGAAUACCUGUAGUUAAAAUCAUAAUAUUAGAAUAUGUUGCACAUAACAUUCAUUUCCAAAUAUUUAUUACUGGGUUCUUUUUUUAUAUUUUGACUGCAUUCUUCAGAUUCCCACCCUGAUCCAUGAAUUGUUAGCUGUUGAGCUUUGGAAAGAAAAGGUGUUUCCCAAACUUUUAGAGUCAGGCUAUAACCCUCAUACAACUUUACCUGUAUAUUUUGUGGUAGGUGUAACUUAAUUUAUUGUUAUUUAAUUUUAUUUGCUGCAACCUUGUACUCUAACUUAUAAAGAGAAUUUGAAUGAUUGUUAGUGGAGCUCUCGUGGGUGGGAACCAUGCAUAGUGGAGCACCAUAGGUAAGAAAAUUUGGUUAUCUUUGCAUCCAAGAAAUUUUGUAGAUCCUUUUUUAUAUUGAGAAAAAAAAAUGAAGAAAAAUGAAUUGUUAUGUAGUGCAUGGUAUCUCCAUUAUUGAAAUUUGCCUACAGUAUGGACCAACCCUAGAGUGUACUUAUGGUUGUGGUAGGAAUACCAUCGGUUAUCUGCUUAUUAAUGUGUUAAUUAAAAGUAAGAAUUUCAUGGUAAAAGCUAGCACAUUUUCAUCUAUAUUUAGUACUUUCACUUGAUGCACUGCUAAAAUAAUAUUGUUUUUUUAAACAGCUGUUUCAUGAAGCAACAGUAGUCAGUCUGCUGGAAACUAUUCUAUAUCAUAAGGUAAACAUAAGUAAGUUAUUGUGUUUCAUGUCCUUACUUCCAAGACAGUGCCAAAAAUGAAAAACUAUAAAUCUUUCGGUAGUCUUAGAUUUUUACGUGAAAUGUUUUUUUUGUUUUUGGAACCAAUUGCAAAAAAAUACUUAGUCGUUGGUUGUUUUUUUUAUUAGUUCCACGAGGUAUUAUAGGUAAGUUUUGGAACCACAUGGUCGAUUUAUUUAACUCUUGGAGAAUUCACAGUCUUUUUAUUACAAAAAUCCCUGGCAAAAAAAGUCCCAAAUAAUUCAGCUACAGUGUAUGGAAAUUUAUAUCAUCAAACUAAUACUAGUGAUAAGGUGAAAGUUAUGGUAAUCAGGUUGUGGUGUGAGUUUACAUAACUCAAUUUUUUUCAAGUUUUACGUAAUUUCCAUAACGAAACUCUUGAUUGCAUUUUGAUUGUCAGGAAGCAUGCGAGGCUGCUGGUGAUAGUAUUAUUGAUCUUGCUGAUUAUUGCCUCAGAAGAAUAACACUGCUUAUCGCACAGUAAGUUACUGUUAUUCAUUUUUUUCAUUCUUCUUCAUAGUAGUGUAUUGUUCUUGAUACUUGUAUUUUGAUUUCGAAAAAAGAAAAAAGACUUGGGGAGCUUGGGGGGCACCUUCCACUCCCUGAUGAGUCUGUUUGACAAACAUUGUUGGCCUGUAAAUCAAUGACAGAUGAGACUUCUACAUGUGUUAGUAGACCUAAAAGGUUUAUGCAUAUAAGACUAACAUUAUUUGGACAAACAACAUGGGUACAUUUAAUUAAAAUCUUAUUCAUGAGGCCAGUACCAUCUUUUCAUCUUCUUGCUAGAGCGGGGGUGACAGGAGGGGGGGGGAUAAAGACACCUCCACCAGUUUUGUACAGUGUCUAUGGCUCCUUUCUGAAUACAAUUUAAUACGUGAAGUUUUGACUUCUUCCCUAAAUAUCAUAAAGAAAGUGAAUCAUGUUUGAGUGCCUAUAUGCUGGCCUUCUUUAGGCCACAACGAUGUCAGUUAGCUGUACAAGAUCAUCAGGGUUGUUAAUGAUUGGUACAUAAUGAUUGUCAUCGUUCAUGCUAGAAGCUAUUCCCUCAGCGUUACUCUGUCCAAGUCCAUUUUUGCCUUAAACAUUACUUGAUUUUCAGGCAAGAAGAAGCUACAGAAGAGACUGUAGAAACUAAGGAUUCCUCAAGUGUGGAGGUAAACUAUGGGGUAAUUAAACUUCAGAGAUCAAAACCACUCCCUCCCCCUCCCUCCUUUCAAAGUUGAGGUGUUUGUUGUUUCCAUUGCAACACAUACAUGUAGCUCAAACAGUGGCACAACAUUGCAUGGAGGGGGGGAUGGCUUCAUUUUCCCCUUUGAAGUUGGCAAAAUGUCAGGGCAAGGUGUGUCAACCAAUUUUGUUGCCAAGUGUAGCUAUGCUAAUGCCUCUAACAUAAACUAGUUCAGCUGGCUUUUAAUAAAAUAAUGUUAUUCAUGAAGAUUAAUUUUUUCAUGAUUUCUGUUAGGAACUGAAGACACAGGAAAGGACAAUUUUCUUUACUGUUUGUGUAAAGACUGUUUCCAUUCUUAGAUACAUCAUAGAUUCUUUAACAAGGUAAGAAAUGCUGAACUUUUUCCUGCCAUAUGUUACAUCUUUUAUUGAACAAGCUUCCGCAUCUUUUUCUAAAAGUCUAUUUUAGAAAACACACAAAAAGAACUUUGCCAGCAUCCAACCAUCUUCACCUCAUGCAAUAAUAAAUAUAUCUGAUUCAGUGAUUAAUAUUAAUGUACUUAUUUCUCCUAUUCUAGUUUACCACUGAGUGUAAUGACACGACUUCUUAACACACACAGUAAGUAUUCGCUGUGUGUAAAAUGUAACUAUGUUAAAUGUAUCUGUUUUGUUUGUAGCUAAUGGAACAAGAGUUUUCUCUGUUAAUUUACAUACGGUGCUUUCCAUUCAGCCCAAAAUUUAGGAAAUUUCGGUUAGAAAUCAAAUAGAACAGACCAUUAUGGUUCGGUUCGGUCUGACUGAAAUAUUUGGGAAGUAGUCCCACACCUGUACUUUUGAGGGAAGUUCACUUUGAUUAGUCCGCUCAUUUCAGUGGGUGGGACCAAAAUGUCCCCUUCCAUUUUGAUAAAAUUGUUUACCCCAGUACCAAUUUUCUGUAUCCUGCUUACAAGAACAAUAACCAAAUGCGCAGUGGCUUGGGUCGGGUCUGUGCUACCAGAAUGUACCGUUCCAUUGGGCAUGUGGAAUUUCUGAAAUUUCAAAGCUGAAUUUUUGUUGAAUGGAAAGCGCACAUAGUUUAUAAUGUGAAACACGGUGUCCCUGAUGCCUUUCUGAGAGAUUGGAUCUUAGGAGCUUGGUACCAGUCCUCCUCAAUUUAUGUAUAUUUAAUGUGCUAGAUACUUUUUCCAACAGAUACUUUUAACCCUUCAGAAGCUGAUGUAGUCCAUUUUUAUCACAGUAAUUUGGUCUUACUGUAUCAACUGGGUUGAUAACUAAAAGUUCAUUGGCCAGUGUUAAGAGUUUUGAAAGCUGAAGUUCAAGCACCAGCCCUAACAUUUGUUCAUUCUUUUAGAUUCACUGUGGCAAAGGCCUAGUGCUUCAAAUGUCAGCUUUUGAAUCUCUUAAUGGUGGCCAAUUUACUUUAUCAACUUUGUUGAUCUUAUUUCACUCCCCAGCUAUGAAACACCACAGGUUUCCGUACUCAUUUUAACCCACUCAAUCCUAUGAGCAGUGAUUUUGUUACCUCUGCGUCCAGCAUUUCUGACGCAUAAAAAUGCCUAAAGACACAAAUAAAUCAUGGCAUGCGUCCUGUAGGACGCAAAGAACAAUCAAAUGAUUUGAAGAUUUUUUGGUAGAAUAUCCUGUUCGUCUGAUUUCUGUGGCUGUUGUUUAAAGAUGCAUAUAUUUACUGUAGUCUUGUUUGUUCUUUAAAUAUAUAGAAGGGCUAUAUUUUCAUUACAGUAAACUGUAAUAAAUAGUUUUGAAGUCUGUUUCCAGAUUAACUGUCUGGUUACAUAAAGGCCCAAGCAUUUUCAAUUGAGCUGGGACUCAUAAUUUUUCGCAAGAUGAGUUCCAGGACUCACCAUAUAACUAUUUGUAACAAAAUCACUGAACAGAUAAUCUUGCCGUGACGUGGUAUAAUGGUUAAUGACUGAUUGCAAAACUUGUUAAAAGCCGUAUAUCAUUGUCCGUCAUUGACAAGUUAAAAGUUUUUAUCGUUUUUCCUCCCCACAUUUUUUUUUUCAGACACUCCUGUAGUACUUGUACAGUUAGUUGAGAAUCCUCCUUGGAUUAAACGAGACAAAGGUAGGUUACUGGAUUUAGGUUGUUUAAAUCUCAUUCCCAUUUCUGGAAAAAAAAAUAAAACCAAAACUGUUCAACUGCUUCGUCAUCCUCGGAGACCCAGGGGCAGUUAGUCGGGUCGAUAAAAUGUUCGUGGUGAAAGUUUACUGUAAGAUCGAGACGAGCCCCUGGGCACUUAUAUGGCGUUCCAUUUCCGCCAAAAUUCAAUGUUCCAUUUUACAUUCUACUUUGCACAAUCUAUCCUACACUUUGUGUUUGUCAUUUGAGUUUGCACUCGCGAUUCAACUUUUUUGCAUUCAACAUUCAACUUUGAUUUAUGCAACAUUCACGUUUUCGCUUUCGACAUUCAACUUUUCAUAAGCAACAGUCAGGUUUUGGAAUUCUACCUUCAAGUUCAGUGGAAUGUACAUUCAUUUUUUCUCAUCCAACAUUUAGCAUUUGUCCUUUAAGUUUUCGCUUCCGACAUCCGACUUUGAGCAUUGUACUUGCAAGUUUCCGCAUUCGACAUUCAACUUUUCGACUUUGACUUUUACCCGCUGGUCAGCGACCGAUUAAGAUCGUGGGCUCAAUUCACCUGACCUACCUCCGCUCAAAUGGUGGUCGAGAGACUUCCCAGUCGAGUGGACUCGGGAGACCUUCUCCACUCCCGACAAACCAGACGUCGACAACAACAUGGCCGAUCGCCAGUAUGCUGCAAGGUCUUCGAGGGAGGUGAGUGUUGUCCAACCGACUUCUGCCUUCUUUAGUGGGACACUAUACGUGACACAAACAGGGAGGCAUCGCGCUACCUGUUUGCAUCUCUUCAGCUUAAUUUGAAAAGGUAAAGCAUGUUUUGUAGUGAUAUUUAGCAUAAAUACCACGAGUGAUAUUUGAAAUUUCACGAGUGAAAUUUAAGACAAUUUUGAAAUGUCACAAGUAGUAUUUAUACCAAAAAUCACGUACACAUCAUGCUAUUAUUUGUUUAUACUACUACCUGCAAGGGUUUUGUAAUUUUCAUAUGUAUUUCAAAUUAAGCUUAAGCUGAAAUACCACUGCUCUAAGCCAAUCAAAUUGCAGAAAUUUCUCAUGUAGAAGUAGCUUAAAUAUUCCCCCAGAAAUUGUAUUCUCAUGCGAUAAGCGCUGUUAAUUGAUCAAUUUGUUUCAUCUUGAGAUUACUCAAAUAUUUGAUCCCGCAGAUGUCUGAUGACAAAGCCUAUUUAAAUUUAGCUGUCUUGGAUAUCAUCAGUGCUAUAGACAGAUUUACAGGGUCUGCAGAUCCAUCAGUAGAUUUCCAACCAAUAGUUUUCAAGUUGGAUUUUCUGCAAAGAAUAGCUGUCGGCCUCGAUGUGGAUGAACUAGUCACAGAAUUGAUUGGACAUGCUUACAGGAUGUUGGUUGAAAUUGAUCAAAGAAACCUUGUUAACUAUGCAUAUCAAGCUCCAUUGAAUAGUAGAGGGCAACGAGGGAGACCUUCAUAUGAAAUCAGCGAGGAACAGCUUCAUUUUUUACUUGAGCAAGGGUUUAAAGUAUGUGACAUAAGUAAAAUCCUUGGGGUGAGUGCCAGGACAGUUGAGAGGAGGAUGUCAACAUUUGGGUUGAGUGUAUCAGGUAUAAAGUAACAUGAAUCUUUUAUUUUUGUCUAAUGAGAUGAUAAACUACUACAAGGACAAUUUUUAUAACAAAGUGAUAAUAUUUAGUACAGGAUUAAGGCUAUAAAAAAGUAAUGUUGAUAGUUGUUGCACCAAGCAGUGGUGAUUAAGAUUUUGCAAAUUAAAAUGUUGACUUCCACUUACUUUUACCUAGGGAUCCACUCCCAUAAAUGAUAGAUUUUUCCUUAUACCAUCAUUAUCUUUAUUGUUGUUGACCUUUCACACUUCAGGGUAGCUUGACUGAGAAAAAGUUACAAUGUCAAGUGUAGCCUCAGGCCUGAAGAAUGUUAUUAAAUAAUUAUUAUGGCAGUUUUACAUAUCUGGAUGCCCAGUAUUAGUAAAACACACAGAAGUGUUUGAACUAAAAUUUUGUUCACCAUUCUACCUAGCUUGAGAUUUAUGACAAAAUCAUGCUAAAGUAAAGUUAUUAUUAUUAUUGUUAUUAUUAUUAUUAUCAUCAUCAUCAUCAUCACCAUCAUCAUUAUUACUAUUCAUUACCCAACACCUACAAUGAAAAUUUUUUACUCCAUUAUAUUGCUUUGGUUCAGGUAUGUUCAGUGAUAUAGAAGACAACCAACUGGAUGAGCUCGUUCAAACUGCUUCAAGCCAGCAUCCUGGAAUGGGUAUAAGAAUGCUCAAAGGUUAUUUACAAAGCAAAGGGUUUCGCAUUCAGCGGGAAAGAAUAAGAUUAUCCCUGUUGCGAACAGAUCCCAUUGGUAUUAUGGAGAGAUGGAGAAGUACCACUAGGAGGCGACAUUACAAUGUUAGGUAUCCACUCUCACUAUGGCACAUAGAUGGGAACCAUAAGCUGAUAAGGUACUGAUAAAGAUACCUGUUGUACAGUGUACAUUGUCAUAGUUUCCCCUCGUGAUCUUGUGCGUGGGUCCAAGUUAAACACAAUCAAAAUUCUGCUACUGGAUACCUCCUGUAAACAUACACACCUUGAAUGAACCAAAAAGAAAACACUAAACUGUGGCCACAACACCAGCUAAUGCAAGACUUUUUAAACUGUGUUUUAGCUACAGUUGAAGACAUUGAUCAUGAUUGAUAACUGUUUCCCUGUCCCCAUCUUUUUUAACCCCUUGCAGGUAACACCAAACAUGAUAAGGUUGCCCUAACAGGAGCUUUUAUUUUUUGUUUGUCACUCUUGUAUGUAAAUUAAGGGGUUUUUUUAACAGAUGGAGAAUUGUUAUACAUGGAGGAAUCGAUGGCUUUUCUCGAAUCCCAGUCUAUUUGAAGGCCUCAAAUGACAACAAGGCAAGCACUGUUCUUUCAUGUUUUCGUGAAGCUGUGUCAGAGUACGGCCUUCCAUCUCGGGUCCGCUCUGACAAAGGAGGGGAGAACGUAGAUGUAGCAACCUAUAUGCUUACUCACAUCCAGCGAGGGCCAGGAAGGGGAAGUAUGAUAACAGGUACAGAGUACUGCAUCAUUAUUACUUAGGUUAGACUAUGAGCAGUCCCCAUUUUUCCUCAGGGAUAGUAGAGCGCAUCUCCCCGCCGCGUCUCUCCUUUCUCGCGUGGGAUGAUUUUUAUGAUGCACGGUUUCACUUAAUCUACUAUCCGUUAAGAAAAAUGGGGACUACUUGUAAUCUAUCUUUCCUUAGCUAGAUGACCUUUCCUGGGUUUGUAAUAGAUGGGAUCUUGAAUUCAGGCUAUACUUUAAGAUCCUGAAUAGGUUUUAACAAAGGAUGCUACAUUUUAUAUAAUGAAAUAGAUACUUAUGGGAUCAUGAACUAAUCUUGAGGAUUUCUAGGCAAGGAGAAAUGAUGCUGUAUGAAUAGUAUUAUAUUACUAUUAAUAACUCACAAGUUUCAUUAAAUUAGUUUAAGGGGAACUGUUUUCAUGAAUGCUUGUGUGUGUUGUUAAAAAUCAGCAUGGUGUUUGUCAUGCUUCCAAAUCCGGUUGUGACUUGUUUUAAGUAUGAUGGUAAUUGAAGAAACUAUUAAGCCCGGAAGGAAUCAAGAGACUAUUAAACAAUUCUUUCUUUUCUCCUUUUCUUUCCUUUUUUUUUAAGCGGGGGCGGGGGGAGUAUUUGACACCAAUUGUUAGAUAAUGUUUAACAGAUAAUUAAGUAAACUAAAAUUUUAUUAAUCUAUAAAAUUAUAUUCUUUGCAAUCACUAGGAAAGAGCACACACAAUCAAAGGAUUGAACGACUUUGGAGAGACUUAUAUGGGGGCUGCCUUAGCCUCUUCUAUGAACUCUUCUAUACCCUAGAAAACCAGGAUGUGUUAAAUGCAGAUGAUGAUUGUCACCUCUGGUGCCUACAUUACGUGUUCGUGCCUAUCAUCAACAGACAUCUGAGUAAUUGGAAAGACGCAUGGGUUCACCAUCCAUUACGUACAGAAAGAAACAGAACGCCCAUGCAGUUAUGGAUUAGUGGACUGCAAGAGGCAUGGGGAUUUCUUGGUCCUGAAGGUGAAGUGUUCCAGGUAUGUAACAUGUUUGGUUUCAUUUAAUCAGCAUUACUUGUGUCAAAUGUAAUAACUAAAAAUUAUGAUCACCAAUCUCUAUCCUCAGGCCUGCAUUGCAAGAAAUUGGGGGUUAAUGCUUUGGCAGCACAUAUGUAACAAAUUGCUCACAAUAAUCCUUUUUUUUUUUAGGGCGAUUAUAGCAACUAUGGGAUUGAUUGGCAAGGUCCCGUCCCAGAACAAUGCCCUGAUUAUGUUGAAGUUCCGGACACAAACUGCCCAUUCACUGAGGAGGAAAUGCAUCUCCUACCUGUAACAGACAAUUUAACAUAUUUAGAGGGGGUUGAAGUAUUCAACCAAAUCACCAACUUACUGUAAUAAGAAACACCCUCAAGAGUCAGUCAAGUAACGCUAAAGGACAAACAAAAAACAAACAAGUCAUAUGUUUAUUUAAACUAACAAUAAUUUUUUCAACCUACUUUUAAUCUUUUGACAUGUAAUCUUACAUGUUCAGAACUGGAACAAUAAAUUGCAACUAACUGUGAUAAUUAUUAUUUGUCCAGAAAUACUACAGUGACUGUGUUGUUCAAAUAAAAACACAUACCUUCCAAAUAGGUCUUUUGGUUUCAACCUUUCGAAUCUUUAACGUAAUUACAGUGUAUGAGGACUAUCCUUUGUUGGAACAAGUUGUCAUUAAAGGAUCCAUCUUUCAUUUUAAGGAACACUUCAUUGUUAUAGGGGGACAAACGUCACUACAGAUACCGAUCUGGAGUUGUUGCUAAGGGGUUUUCAUACAUGUAUGAGGUAAAAUAUUUAUUACAUUGUGCUUUGCAUUAAAACCAUGCUUGACCCUGGAUUGUGAAAUAAUCAUUUUAGGCUUCUAAAAGACAUGAAAAGAAAAACAUGAAUUGUUUGUGCAAAUAUAACCAUGUAUUGAUCUUCCUUCAUGUGUAGCUGUGUGCAAGUCCAUUUUGUGGAUUUGAUGGUUUUCUGUAUGGAUGUUUAGAAACUCUCCUUAGCAACAGCAACAGUAACAGCAGAAAAUAUUAAUGAGCAAAUAGCCUUGACUUGUUACUAACAAGAAACUCGAAAUGUCAACAAUGUAUACAACAAGAUGUAACUUUAACAAUGUAAACUCAUCACUUACAGGGAGUUGUAAAUUGAUGUCCAAAAAAGUUAACUCAACUUGUAGUCAGAGCAAAAUACAAUUUGAGAGUAUAGAGAAAAUGCAUGAUAACAAGGAAGUCUAAUAACUUCUGAACUUUGUAGUUACACACAGUUAAAUGACUGUCCUGUGGUAGUAUUUAUGACUGCCUCUAGUGACAAACUUAAGCUAUCUUGGUCUUCGAAUUGAUUUGGAAAUGUAAUGUGAAACAAACAUGUUGAUGCAAAGAUAGCCGGUACCCUAUCAAACUUUACUUGAAUUUUUCCCAGGCCAAAAUCGGGAAGAGCCUUUGAACCCGUGGCAAAAGAGAGAAAUUUUUCCAGUGUGUCAACCUUUGCAUUCUGUAUAAACAUGUGAAUGUAACCUGCUACUACACUUUCAUUGUCAUCCAUAUCUUUAGGGAACUGAAGCACGCCAAUGACAGAAUCUGCAUUCAACUCUUCCUUGCUGGGGAUAAAGAGAGCCUCAAGGAACUCAGGGUAUUCUUUCAUAGCAGCUCGAAAUCCAAGUGUGUUUAAACCCUCCGCCAACUGGUCAAGAAUAAUCUUAGGGCGGCCAAUUACAUCAUGUAUAAUGAUCCCCUGAAUAACCCUCAUCUUGUUGUCGUUCUAGAAUGAAUGAAUACGUGAGUCAGCAAAUGAGUGAGUGAAUGACUGACUGUAGGAGUGUGACUGACUGACUGACUGACUGACCAAGCAAACUACUGAACAGAUGAAUGACACCUUCAGUGUAUUCUAGUUAAAUGGUCGUUCUCACAGUAAGCAACAAUGCUAGUCAAUUCAAACUUACUGUUAAUGCAACAGCAAGGCCACACUCAGACAACAUACUUGAGCAUUCUUCUUUGUCAAGACUACACACAUCUUCAGCUUGUGCAACCUACGUAGUAUUGAUAAAAAAAUAAAAUCUGAUGUGAGUGGUUUUCAAUUAAGUUGACUGUAAACUUUGUUCUGUAAAUAAACAUAGUAAUUUUAUUGCUAUUGUGUGCUGAUUGUUGGCAAUAUCAUCAUUACAUGUAUAUUUCAUCUGUACUGCAUAUUAUUUGCAUAUGUUAUUAGAAGCAAUAGUAAGAAGUAGGCACAAAUUUGAGAUAAUUUUUACAAACAGAACUGUAAUGCCAUGGUCAUGAUUAUGAUGUUACUUGACAUUGUAGUGAUUGUAUACUCAUAGGUGAAUUGAAACAUGUUCGAGUCAGAAUCAAAGUACUGUAUUCUACUCAAUUGAUUACAAGCUCCCUUUCAGUCAGUAAUUUUAGAAUGCACUCAAAUGUCCAGUUUGUACCUUGUCAAUGAAAUGCUUAACAGGCUCUGAACAAUCUCCAUAAUUCAUCUUGGCCAUUGCUGCAUCAAUAUUACCAGAAGCAAUGUAACAGUAUACUGAAGGACUCAACACUGGGAAGCCUGGGCCACCUUGUAAAAUACUGUGAACAAUCAUGGUGCCAAAGUAUCGCAUUAAUCCGGAGGCUACAAUAUCUGCACUGUACACAGGACUCUUGUAUUUGCCGCCUUGAAAGAACAUCUUGCAAAUGACUUGGAACAACUUUGUGUAAAAUUCUCUUGUAACACCACCUGUGUCCACUGCUGGUUGGCCUUUAAACUGGAUUCUUAGCUUCUUCUUAACAUCAAACUCAGGACUUUUGUAAUGGGCUAAUGCAUCGUUCAGUAUGUCCUCCUCCUCAAUUUUUACUUUUACUCUCUCGUCACUCAUAUUCUUCCCAAGCUCCUUUAACAAUGACUGCAAGGAAUCUAUUUUCUCUUUUGAAGGGGGAAAAGAAGGCUGUAACAGGCUGUCAUCAUCACUGCUAAAAUCAUCUUCAGGUAAAUUACUGGAAAGAGAAAGAGCCACAGCACCAACAGUCCCGUGUAGACUGAGGGCUCGCACCAAGUCAUCUCGACUUUUGUCCGGAAACAUCUCCAUUAGUUGUUGCAGGGUUUCCUCCUCUGUUGUUUGUCUAGAUGGACCAGGCUGUGGUUCUUCUCCAUUGUCAUCUAUGUGUAAUGGUACUUCACCUGCAAUAACAAACGAAAUCUUAAUAUGUACUAGCAUUAUUUUAAAUAGCAGUGCAAAUGCAGGUUAUGUCACAACCACAAUAAUACAUGUAAAUUGUUAUUAGCCAAUGCACAACCCGCCUCUCUUUUGUGGCUCAAAGUAUUCACGACCUUGAAGUCAGGCUGCUGCUGAAUAAACUGAAUAUAUCAUGUAAUGCUUAUUUCUUUGCCUUUUCACAAAGUAAUAAAAAUAACUCAAUAAAGGCAAUUUUAUUGAAGACUGAACAGCUAUGCAGAGACAGUCACAAGUAAAGUAAUGUUACGUAAUGAAAAUUUGUGUGUUGCAUAAUUUAACAUCUAACAGACAAGGUUAGUAAUAGCCAAAGGUAUAUUUAAUAUACCUUUGGCUGUUUUUACUUGUUGGUUUCAGCUGAAAGAUGUUCAUUCUUCAUUUUUCUGCAGGGAGUUGAAUUUCACCCUUUUCUAGAUUGAUUUAAAUGAUCCCCAAAAAUGUGGUGGCUGUCAAUGUUUUACCCCACGGUUGGGAGGGUAGGUAUGCACAGUCUGCCCUGCUAUUUUUUUAUGGCAGUGCAUAAACAACAGACUGGCAGCACAGGAAAUGCAUUUCCCAUGAUCCCUUAGGAGAUGUCACCAGUAUUGCGUGACUUGAAUUGAUGCAAUGACAAUGAAAAGUCCACCCGAAUGAAAAGUCUACACAUUAUAAAAAGCUGACCAAAACUGAAAACUAUACCAACCCAAUGUCAAGUCUAAUAAAGAAAAAUCAACCCAAAAAGGAAGUCUGUGCAAACUAAAAGACAAUGUGUACCCCAAAAUAGGGAAAAAAAUGUGAAAAAACAAAUUUUAUAUGAAAAUUUGCAUCAUAAUUUUGGCACCAAUGGCAUGCCAUAUGAUCCUUGUAAUUUACUUCCAAUACAGGGAAAGCUUUAUUAUGACACGCCUUAUGAAGUUAUGAUGAAUACUACUCUGCUGGAUCUUGUCCCCUUGCAAUACACACCUUCAUCCUGCUGCUGCUUCUGUGACUGAGAAGGCUGGAGCAUUGGGGGAGGUUCCCAGUUACUGUCAUUGUCUAUAAAAAACAUAAUGUUACUGAGUGGGUUUUGAGUUCCUUUGAUUUACAGCACUCUACUUCAAAUAUAAGAUAACAGAAAAUAUAUCCACUAAGGGAGGAGGUCCUGGGGGUGGUACUGGCAUGUAUGUUUGCCACAAAUAAGUAUGUGCCACUGUAAAAGGUAAUGGUUUUUAAGCAGUUUACUCUGGGAUAGGGUAUAUCAAUCAGAGAGUUUGGGUCUAGAAUAGGGUAUUAUUUUCCAGGAAUUGGUUGAAAGUUUUAGUCUACAAUAGAGAAACUGGGAAUUGACACUCAAAAAUAUAUAAAAAAAUCAAAUCAGCACGUUUAACUUUACAAAACUCAGCCUACAAAACUACUAUAGGAUAGUAGUCUAGAAUAGAGUAGCAAAAUUCAGCUGAACUAGCUCUGGUAUAGGCUAAGGGUCCCAGGGUCCCAGUAGCACAUCCCUACCCAGAAAUUCCUAAAGUAUCCUCCCCUCCCCCCAGGAAGGAGGUGAACUUUGUGAUGUUAGAUUUGAAGAGGCUUUCUCCUCAGUUAAACAUAACGUCAUAACGUCAUAUCACAAAGAAGAAAGUUCUUCAGCUGUUCAAGUAUUCACUGAAUUGUACUUUCAAGCCCUAGUUACAUUUGCACAUUAUUUAUGACAUAAAUAAGAUACAAAAGAGUAUGGAUCAUGAUACUCAGCAAGCUUAAUGUACUGACCAGCACUGAAUUCAAAGUCAUCUUCAGGCUGCUUGGUCUCUCCUUGCUGGUGAGUCUCCUGGUGCUCCUGCAUAUCCGUCAUGAUAAUAGCAGCACCACAGGUAAAACAGUUAAUCAUAGGAACAUCACUGUCAACCUAAAUAAUCAUUUAGAAGGGUAGGCAAAUCAACAAACAUACAUGUAAGCAGUAGUUAAAAAUACACACAUAAUUGAAGCGUAUAAACAAUGUAAAUCAUGUCAAAAUGUUCUUCAGCUACAGUUUGUUUUAGGAUUUCCUUUGUUCUGAAAAAUGUUUAUGAACAUGAGGCAAAUAAAAUUAAAAAAGAAAAGAAAUACAAAGACUGAAACCACUGAAAUCUGAAUUUCAUUUUAACUUAUAGCGUCUACAUCUUAAACUUUAACAUCAUUUCCAUUUGAUAUUACAAAAAAUCCACUACUUUCACAGUAAGAAAAUAAUGAAGCUUGAUAUAAUGUAUAUUCCAGACUGAAUUUAAUAUACUAUACAUAUAUAUAACAAACCCAUGGGCAGGUUAAAAGAACAAGGUUAUAAAUUUAACUUAAAUAAGCAUACAUGUACACAUACUCUCAUCAGUAAAUUCAACAAAUAAUUUGUUUUAUUAUAAAUAUUACCAACAAUGCUCUCCUCCUAAUUAAUCCAAAACACAGCUAAUUACAAUACAAAACCAAUUGAACAAGAAAUAAAGCGAAAAGAGUCACUGACACUACUAUUGUAGCUUGUUAAUUUCUGCUAUCCAACUUACAUCUUCUUUAUCUUCUCCACCUUUGUCAUCAAGUUCAAUGUCCUUUUGGAGAGGUCGUAUGAAAAUUUUUGCUUGGCCACAUAACUCCUUCAGUCUUUGAGGUGUGUGUGGGGGAAGAAUUCUGUGGAACCCUGCACCCUCCCCAUUACCUCUCUGAAACAACAGCAGGUCAAAACCCCCAACCUCACUCAAUUGAGGAAAUCGUUGGAUGAUUCCAUUGUACACAGAGCUCUUGUUAUACCCAAAGGUAAUACUAGCAUCACCCAAGCCAGCAUUUGCCAGUGCCGUUCUUUCUUUCACAGACAUUGGUGGAUUUGUCUGCCUCUUCCUUGGCAGCUAGACACACAAACUUUAAAGUACAUGUAGCAUUUCGUUUGGACUUUGGAAGAGAGCUGCCAGAAGAACGUGCUCGUUUUGCAUUGUUUCCAUGGCUAAACAGCCUGCGCUGUUCAGCAGCAACAGAAGCAGACAGACAAGCAACUGGAGAAGGAUUUGUAUUCUGUUGUACCUUUCUGGUGCUGUCUAAAAAUAAAAAAAAUUAUAAUAAUAAAUAUAUUCAAGCAGAACCUUCUCAACAGCCAAUCUAAACAAAUUUAACAACAGAGAGCUCUGACAUAAUUAUUAAAUAAAUACAUGUACGGUGUGCGAGCACUGUAGCUUUUUCUGUAUUACCCAUUGCUUACAUUACUUGAAUUGCUCAGACACAAGAGCUUGUGUAGUCUGCAUGGGAGGCCAGAGAUUGGGGUGCCUGUGGCGUUUUAUGCAGACCGAUUCUUGAUUGCUGGGCAACAAAUCAAAAUUCAUUCCUUAAUUCUCACACAAUAAAGAAAUGAGUAAAAACACAAAGACAAGAGUAUUGCAAGCAAAACCUUUCGGAAAUAUUUCAUUCUACGAUCGAUGCCGUCCAUUACGCAGCGCGCGUGAAGUGAUCAAAAUGAUGCUGCCGCUAUUUAUGCGUACAUGUAAGCUUGUGUCGGCGCUUACGCGCGAACUUUAUUGAACACAUAACUUCUUCAUACUUGACAAAGAUUGCCCGAUACUUACUUGGAGAUGGUGUCUCUUCCAACGAGGAUAGACGGUCAGCCACCCUCAACAGGGUGGCUCUCACUUCACUUAAGCUAGCAGCUGACGGUUCCGCAUCCCGGCGAUCGGCCAUGUUGUUGUCGACGUCUGGUUUGUCGGGAGUGGAGAAGGUCUCCCGAGUCCACUCGACUGGGAAGUCUCUCGACCACCAUUUGAGCGGGGGUAGGUCAGGUGAAUUGAGCCCACGAUCUUAAUCGGUCGCUGACCAGCGGGUAAAAGUCAAAGUCGAAAAGUUGAAUGUCGAAUGCGGAAACUUGCAAGUACAAUGCUCAAAGUCGGAUGUCGGAAGCGAAAACUUAAAGGACAAAUGCUAAAUGUUGGAUGAGAAAAAAUGAAUGUACAUUCCACUGAACUUGAAGGUAGAAUUCCAAAACCUGACUGUUGCUUAUGAAAAGUUGAAUGUCGAAAGCGAAAACGUGAAUGUUGCAUAAAUCAAAGUUGAAUGUUGAAUGCAAAAAAGUUGAAUCGCGAGUGCAAACUCAAAUGACAAACACAAUGUGUAGGAUAGAUUGUGCAAAGUACAAUGUAAAAUGAAACAUUGAAUUUUGGCGGAAAUGGAACGCCAUACACUUACUCUUACCGAACCAGUUCCAGAGGCGUUUGAAUUGCCUGCUUCUGAUUGGCCAGAAAAAAAUUUUUCUGGCCAAUCAGCGAAGAGAAGCUGCCGGGUGACUCUCGUGUUUUCUUACACGACGUAGUUUUCCUCAUCGAUCGCCAUAGUUGCGUAGCGCGUUCAACGCGGAAAAUUUCUCGAGGAAAGUUUCAGAACAAAAUGUUAACAACCCGCAAAAAUUACAACCCUUCGCACGGCUACAAGAAACAAACACUCUCCGAUGAAUUUUUAGGGCGGAUCUUUCCAAGGUAUCGUAAAUUUUUAUUGCUGAUACGAUACGCGAUGCAUGACUUUCACUUUCCAGACCGGCUUAAUUUGCUCACACUGUCUAGUAUACAACGCCAAGCUUAAUACAGUUCGUUGCACGACUUCUGAAACUUUCUACAGCGUGAAAAUUUCCGUUGCACGGGCCACGCAAAAACGUCGAUUGAUCGUGGGAAUUGCUGGCUUGCUGCAGGGCAUGCACCUUCUUGCUUUCGCGCCAAACUCCCUUACCGUAUUUUAAAUACAGCCGUUGUGUUUAGUUCGAAAUCUCGGUCCGGUUAUGUGCUGAAUCCUGACUUGUUAAGAGGUCGAUUUUUGAGGGCUGUGUGGGUUUGUUUUUACGGAUAAGCGAAGGAAAAAAAAUAAAGGUGAGUUUGCGAAAAUGUUUGAAAGUGGUUGGUGUGAAAGUCUUGGAGAGCUAUAAACGCGCAGUGUGUGACACGUGUAGAUAUAGAGUUGAGAAAUCGUGGAAGGGUGGGAUGUCUAUAUAGAUAUUUUUGUAGUCACUAAAACUUUACAAGAAGUGAACGCUCUUAAGGAAAUUCCAGGGAGAAGAGACCAAGGAAUAGGGACACUUUCCAAAGAUCCAACGUCAGCUCUUGAUUUCAAGGACCUGGGUCUCUGUCUUACUAAACCGCAUAAAGAGAACCUGGGUUAAUCUUCACUGUGAUUAGAAUUAUGGCUAAUAUAGUAGAAAUGAAUUUUUAUUAUAAGAUAUCUUUUAGCAAAUACAUGUAUAAAACUAAUUUCACAUAUGAUUGGCUUGAUGUUUCCCCUUACCGACCCCCUCAAACACAUCCACAGUGCCAUUGUUUUAACUCCCUUACAAUUGAUGGUACAAGAUUGGACUUACUUUGAAAGAAUAAUGCUGCAAUAUUAACAAUUUUUCUUUUGGUGCAUUUGUUUGAUAUUUCAUAACUUCCCUAUCAUAAUUCUCCUCAUCUGACAAUAAUAUUCUUCACUGAUAAUUAUUUUUAAAUCUUUAAACACCCUCUUCAGAAAGGUGAAUCUUCAUUGCAUGGUCACCAUUCCACACAGUGUCUCUAAAAUACUUUCCACAGAACAUAAUUUAAAACAAUUAUUGUUUCCUGUAGAAGACAAUCAGAUAAUACAAAUUCUAGAAUAGAAGCAGUGAAGAUUUGAUUCUUGAAAUUCCUGUCUCAGAUCAUCUUGAUUUUCUUUAAGCAGACUAACAGUCUUUGGCACUGAUGUGGCAACAUAAGUGGCUUGGAAUGAUUCUCCUGUUUUCAUUACUGUCUUCAAAAAAGGAAGGAUUUUUUUCUUUUCUGCAGGUUGUAGACUUAAAAAAAUCUAAAAGAAGAAAGACUUUUAGAAUUAUUGAAAACAGUAAGUGACAAUUUCACCACAGUUCCCUUUUUUCCAGAGAGUGUUGGAAAAGUGUAUGUUGUAUGUAGGUAUACCAUAUUUACUUGUGUAUAAUGUGCACCCAAAUAUAAUGCACACCCCAUUUUUCUACACAGUUUUCAAAUAAUAUACUCAAGUACACUUGUUGGCCACCUAGUAAAACAAACCCUUUGGGACAGAAAGAAUUAUCAAAAAAUACCCCAGAGUAAACGUUUACUAACAAAUUAAAAUAAAAUAUUACAGUUCCCUAGUAUUUACAUAAGUCAAGCAGUAUUAUAAGUAGACAUGUGAACUCCAAUAAUGAUAAAGUAAAAAAAAAUCGCAACAGCGUAAAAAAAAAAUUAUUGUAAUGGCAUCUGUAGUUCUGUAUUAUGGUAUGUUUUUCCAUUUAUAUGUCAAUGUUCGAUUACACUAUUAUCUUAAGCAGUCACAAGGCUUACUUCAUCAGCUUUUAAUUGUCAAUAAAUGGUGAUGAUAAUUCUUGUGAAGUGUCUGUCAGCUUUUAGACAUAAGAUUACUGAGCAUCCUUGAAUAAAAGCCAGAUCUACUGUUAAGUAUAAUGAGAGUCCUGAAGGGACAUUGAAACUGUUUAACCCUCGAUUCCCAUUUUUUACAUUUUUCCCAUUCUCAGUGAUAGAAUCCCCCUGCCAGUGACUUAAAUCGCAUUUUCCCAGAGCAACGGAACUCCCCACAAUGAAUUUAGUGUAGCACCCUUCCUAGUAAACAAAUCAGCAUACUUAUCAAUGAACAGCUGUAUUUACCUGCAACGGGAUUCUUGUGGUAAAACUCCUUAGAGAACAUUGCCCUGAAUUUCUUGUCCCACAGUUAAUGAUUCUGGGCUUCCGUACAACAAUGAAAAUGCUCCCUAUCCAUUCAAUAUUUCUCAAUCUUUCGUUUUGCUUUCCCCUAAGUAGGCGGCCUGAAUUCCUAGUGACCUUGAAUACUUCACCUGGUCCUCAACAAUUGACAUGAGAGGUGAAAUCACUAUGACCAAUGGAUUACUAAGGAACUCAUAACCUUUAGCAUCUAACGAUUUUUAAACCCCCUAGCUUAUAGGCAACAUUUGGAAGGUUAGACUCUUCUAUCAAUUGCCCAAAAACAUCUCUUCUUUUCACAAUCUUCUCAGUCAUAAAUCUUUGCUUCGCUUUGAACUGUACGUCAGGAAACAAUUAAUGACAAGCCUCCUUCAAGCGCUUGCUGGAGGUCUCCCUCGAAUCUCAAGUUAACACUAUUAUCAACUUCGGCAAAAUUCGUACGGUCAACUGCUGUAAGCUUUUAAUCUUAAAAGUUACGAAAGGAGUUUGGAGCGAAAGCACGAAGAAGGCACUGCAGCUAGCCGGCAUUUCCCACGAUCAAUCGACGUAGUUGCGUGGCCCGUGCAACGGAAAUUUUCACGCUGUAGAAAGUUUCAGAAGUCGUGCAACGAACUGUAUUAAGCUUGGCGUUGUAUACUAGACAGUGUGAGCAAAUUAAGCCGGUCUGGAAAGUGAAAGUCAUGCAUCGCGUAUCGUAUCAGCAAUAAAAAUUUACGAUACCUUGGAAAGAUCCGCCCUAAAAAUUCAUCGAAGAGUGUUUGUUUCUUGUAGCCGUGCGAAGGAUUGUAAUUUUUGCGGGUUGUUAACAUUUUGUUCUGAAACUUUCCUCGAGAAAUUUUCCGCGUUGAACGCGCUACGCAACUAUGGCGAUCGAUGAGGAAAACUACGUCGUGUAAGAAAACACGAGAGUCACCCGGCAGCUUCUCUUCGCUGAUUGGCCAGAAAAAUUUUUUUCUGGCCAAUCAGAAGCAGGCAAUUCAAACGCCUCUGGAACUGGUUCGGUAAGAGUAAGUGCCCAGGGGCUCGUCUCGAUCUUACAGUAAACUUUCACCACGAACAUUUUAUCGACCCGACUAACUGCCCCUGGGUCUCCGAGGAUGCCUCAUUCCCUGUAGGAAUUUCACGAGUUGAACUAUAUCAAAGGGUGGAGAAAUUUGUCAUUUCGUUCCGUAAAAAGACCUAAAAGAGCUAAUAGACGGGUUUUGUGGCUGUGAAAAAAGAUAAGAAAACUUCCUGGUUUAAGGUGGAUUUCCACUGUCGCGUAAUUUUGUUUUACGCACGUAAAUUUUAAGCGCGUAAAUGAAAUAGAGACAUUGUAUGGAAGGUCACGGGUAGACGUUUAAAGUUGAAACUCGCUCAACUAUAAUUUUUACGCGUGGCAUUGCUCUAUUUCAUUUACGCACGUAAAUUUUACUUGCGUUCGCACGGAAAAAUUAUGCGAUAGUGGAAAUCAACCCUUAGUGAUUUAUUCAUAAUUAUUUCAAAGACGUUGCGUUUAAAGCAUUUUAAGGGGACGUAAAAACCAGGUAUUUGAGAGAGGUACCAUUUCUCAAGGUAUAAGAAAGGGGUACGUUUCAAAAAUAUCGUUUAAAAGGGUAAGGGGCUGUACUUGGGGGCGCGCGGAGCCUUCCUGCAUGAAUAAAACUUUGUUGAGUACCCCUACUCAGGCAAUCACCGUGGGAAACAAGCUUGCGUAUGACCGCCGUUACCUUCGUAUGUAAGUACCACUGAUGAAAAAAAGAGUUUGCUUUCUCCACAGUCUGAGUGACCUCAACUCAUACUUGUUGUUUCUAGGUAAGCUGAUGAAAUUUAUUGAUAACACAUGGAGAGUGAUAGCUGAGAAUGAGAGACUACAACUUAGUAAAACAGAAGGCCAGGUACGUAGGGUCAACUGCUAUAGACCUUCAUAAGCUUUUUAAGACUUCCUUGAGAUGCCCACGGGCAUGGAAGUUGCCAGAAAAUGUUGUUUUCACAGAGCUUAGCUUGGGUGGGUCAUCUGUACAAAACGCUAAGCAGAUCAUUUUGCUAUUACUAACUGACUUGAAUGUGUCCGGCGUACUAUAAUCACAAUCUCAUUGGGCGACAAUUACCCAUAUUGGUAUUUUUAGGGAACUGCAACUCCCAAAACACCCUUGAAACCAGGAAAACACUCAAUCAUGUCGGUCUAUAUUAUGAUUGAAAUCUUUCAGGUUUGGCUUGCUGUCUAUCAACUGUUCAUGAACGAGGACUGCCAAAGGAAAUAUGAAUUUAAUUCUUACAGCAAGGAACAAAUAUUAAAGGUAACUUAAGCCUCUUUUAUAAACAGUUCACGCCCUGGUUUUUCAAACGUUGGAUAACGUCAUCCACCUUUUGAAAGAGCAGCAUGAUGCCAUCAUUGCUAUAAACUCAAUACAACAAUAAUGGCAUGACCUUCGCAAAAGAAUUAAGAAGAUUGAAGAAUCCCAAUCACGAGUGGAAGAAAAUUGUUCGGAAGUGCUAUCCCCAGCUGAACUUGGUAAUGAUUCAGUUCGUGCAAGGUUUCCUAUAUUCUGUUGGGAUACUACUACUGAUAAUAACCAAAGGUAACGGAGUGCGGGCGACAACGAUCGAAGGUCAAAACGUCGUGUUAUGUGUAGGUUUCACGAAACAGAUAGUCAGAACGCAUGUGAUCACAUUGCGAGGGAUAGAAGGUCGAGACGCACGUGAUCAAAUUGCGUUCUGUUCAUUCCAUUCAUUCUUAGUGGAAGUCCAAACCGAUGCCAUCCUCGGAGACCCAGGGGCAGUCAGUCGGGUCGGGAAAAAAGGCGGGACGAAAGUUUUUAUUACGGGCGAAAGAGCCCCUGGGUACCGACUCUCACCGAACUAUUUCCAAAAAUUCGAGCGGAUGCCGGCUCCUGAUUGGGCACAAAAAAUGCUUUGUAUUAUUGUGCCCAAUCGGCGAACAGUUUCUCCUGAGUUCUUUUCGUGAGUUUGUACACGACGGCUAUUGUCUCGCCACACUUGCCCGGUUCGUUCACCAAUGCAAGCUUGUGCGUACAAGGGAAACUUUUAUUUUCUACUUUCCUAACCAGAAACAAAGGAACUACCGAUGAGUUGAAUAAACGUUUGGGUUACUAUCAGCAAGAGCAAUUGAAUUUGCCCCGAGAAUAUUCUGUUUUUGACGGAUCACAAUUAAGAGGCAGCGGCGAUGAGAAAUUCAAAUGAGUAACAGCUUGACAAGGCACAACAACAACUUUGCACGUGCAUCACGCUUUUUUGUACAUUUCUUUGCUGUCAACUGCACGACUACUCGUGAAAAUGCCAAAUUUCACGUUUUGUGAAGGACGUAAACAAGCAAUAACAAAAUUCAUUCUCUCUUCAUGAACUUUGAUAUGGUUCAGAAGAGUUCGCUUGCAUUUGUCAAAGUAAGCGAGUUGGAUCAGAUGGGGAUUUUAUAUCAAACUGAAAGUUUCCUGACUGCGUGCAUUUAUCGAGACAAUAGCCGUCAUGUAAGAACACACGAAGAGAACUUAUUGAGAUGUGUUCGCCGAUUGGGCACAAUAAUACAAAGCAUUUUUUGUGCCCAAUCAGGAGCCGGCAUCCGCUUGAAUUUUUGGAAAUGGUCCGUUGAGAGUCGGUACCCAGGGGCUCUUUCGCCCGUAAUAAAAACUUUCGUCCCGCCUUUUCUCCCGACCCGACUGACUGCCCCUGGGUCUCCGAGGAUGAACCGAUGCAGGCGAAAUACAUGCGACGCAUGCGUAAUAACAACCUGGAGAUGAGGAUUGCGGGAGACAAGAGGAGCCCGCAACGACUUUUAUUACUACUAGUACUACUACUCCUACUACCACUACCACUACCACUACCACUACCACUACUUCACCACUACCGCUACCGCUACCACUACCACUAUAACUACCACUGUCGCCGCUGCUUCUGCUGCUGCUACCACCACUAAAGCAAAAAACGAACAAGAGUAUGAGAAUUUGACUGGUUUAGCGAACAGAUUGAAAUGCGUCGGUACGGACGCAUCCGUAACGCAUCCCAGCUCAAAAGAGAUAGCUAGGAAGGAAAUUUUCACAACGUGUUGUAGCAUAAACUAGACAACCGGUUGGAAAGUCUGACCGCUAGUAUGGUUUUUCACCUUUUAACUAUAGUGGCAAGACAAAUAGCAAACACGUAGAAUUACAGUAAUAGGCCGAUUCGGAGUUCCAAAAAUUUUCACUUUCAAAAUGAGGCUUAGUGUAAAACCUUUUUUUUUUUUUGUUAAAAUGAGUUUUUUUUGGUGUGAGAAGAAAAAAUCAUUUUCAUAUCAAUGGCUUCACACUUAGCUUCUCUUAGAAACAGAGGCUUGGGCGACUUCGAAAUGGCCUAUUACAGUCUUUCCUUAAGAUUUGCUCAUUAUGACAAAUCGUUGGGUUUUUUUAAUUAUUUUUCCAAGAAAACUGGAGCUAACAACCUAGCCCUGUUUUUUCAGUUCCAAAAACACUCAUUUGAUUUAAUUUUUUUCAUGUUUUUCUUCAGCUACGAGGAUUUAUGAAUGAAGUACUGUUGGACCAGAUUCCAAGUUUAAUAGAUCUUCAACGAUACCUUGAACAAUUAUCCAUAAUGGAACCGCCAGCUAUUAAAAAAGACAUUAUUCUAGAACAGGUGAAUGCAUUGUAGUGAUAAUGAAAAAAUUCUUUUGGACAACAGUUCUCGCUCAAAACUGGUCAACAUGUUUUUUUUUUUAAUACAGUCGAACUUCUAUCUGCCUGCCUCCUUAAGAUCUGCUUGUGGUAUUGCUACCAUAGCAACCAUCUCCUUCCCAGUUUCUCUCUUCUCUUCUUCCCAUUCUUACUUCAGGAGAAUAGAAUGGAAAGAGAUAGACCUGGGAUCGAGGUUACCAUAGUAACAGUCCAUGAUUACUGUCAGGAACAGGAACAAUGAAAUAAACGACCAGAGUUUUUUUGUUUGUUUGUUUGUUUUGUUGUUGUUGUUGUUUUGUUUGUUUUUUUCUGUUUUUUUUUUUUUCAUCAAGCAAUAAAUGAUAUAUUUCAAGAUAGGAUACUGCAGGAGUAACGUCGGUGGUAAGAAGUUUUUUUCAAAACUUAAGGGUGUCCUGGAUUUUAAGAGAUGAACUUAGCGUCACGAAAUGACAUUAGUGAGUUUACGCAACAGGACGGCAGAAAGGAGAGGACGCAGUGUGACAAACGUGACAGGUCGAUUACUGACGUGUUUUGUCAGGAAUUCACUUAAAAUUGAUCUUUUUUGCUCUUCUACAAAAAGAUCUGUUUAAAGGAAUGUGAAGUUUGGCGGAAGGUUUUUUUGUGUCACGCUUGUCACACAAGGUUUGCCGUCGUCUUUCCUCUCCCGUCUUUUUGAAUAACUAACUUAGUUUUAAAUGUAGGGAUGACGGUCAUUCUGUUGUUAAUUUCGUUUUCGGAAAAUGACCACCAGGUCCCCGAGAUAAGAGAAAAACUGGUAAAAGAAAACCAGGGUAAAUGGGAAAAAAUCGCAAAAUAUCAGAAGAGGGCUUUCUUCUCACCGACAGCAGAGGAUAUUAAAAGACAAGCAAAAAUGUAAGUGGCACAUGUGGUUUUUACAUCAUAAUGUAUGGCAGUUUCUUUCCUGUGUAGUGUCGCAGCGGGAAACGCGAAGGAAGGAGAAUCGGGCGCGCUAACGCGACAGGGGCGCAAAGAAGGAGAAGGGGCUACGUUCUCCUUGCGCCUCCUACGCCCUUGGUAGUUCCCGUCUAGCAGCUUCUAUGCAGAAUAUGCAGUUUGGAAAUUAUUAUCAUUUAUCAUCUUGCAUAGUACCAUUUUGGCUAGGCUCUUUCAGGCUCCAGUAUAGUCAAAAAGAAGCGAUAGUACGGAGAGAGCAUCGAGAAUCGUUACGCGAAAACCGCGGGGGGGCUGGGGAGAGACUGGGAAGUGUAGUAAGCAUUGUAUUCGAUACCUCAUUCGGAAAUACCAGCUCCUUGUAUGCACUACGAUUGGUCAAUUUUAACGGUUUACGUCAAACCUUAUGUCAAGCUCUCGCUCUCGCGGGCGCAGAGUCAAACAAACAUGGCGAGCGGCAUGUGAAACCCUCUUUACACCGCCUCUCCCCUUCCUUCCCGCAGUUUUUCGCUCGCUUCCUUUUUUGCUGCUCGCCCGGUUGCUCGUCUGCACUGACCGAGAGCCUGCCACAGGUUACAUUUUUGUUGAGGGCGAGCGAGCGUGGCCCUGCCACGCCUAUCAAACUCAUCCUUCCUUCUUGCUACGAUCCUCUCUGAUGGGACCAAUGCUCUACUUCUCAAUUUCUUUCCUACCAUUUACAUGCACUAUUUGUUCAUUUGUUUGGUUGUGUUUGUAGGUGGGCGGACACGUACAACCUGGAUAUGCUUGAAGAGCUGGUCAGUGAUCCCCCCAAAUGCGCCACGUGUGGCCAGCCAGCCACGAAACGAUGCUCUAGAUGUCAAACUGAAUGGUAUUGUAAAAGGUAACAAAUUUUCUCUAUUAACAACCACUCUGUCCGAGACACGUAUAAAUCGUCCUUUGAACGAGUAGUUCCAAUUUAUCUUGAGGAGUGCACUAACAACUAGAAUAGCUCACUUUAGAAAAGAAAGUCUUGCAUCUAGAAAAGGUGAACAAGUAUUUCAAGGAUUGCUCGGGAGAUAGGGUUGAUAGGGAUUUUGAAUUUGCGUUGCUUAGUUUUCUCUUUACCAAUGUUUCACUCCUAAGACUUUAAGUGAAGGAACGUCAGCUCCGAAAUGGAAAUGUUUGAGAGACUUUUCGUUCCAAUAAGCAACAAAGAGACUGGAUUUGUUUUAUUGUGAUCUCUUUCAGAGAAUGCCAGGUGAAACACUGGAGCAAGCACAAACCGGCCUGUAAUCUUGUAGUUGAAUCAAAGUCAUAACGCUGUUGUCUUAUCAGUGUUGGUAUAUUUAUUUUAAUUGUUUGUAUAUUGUAAGACUUGUAACUUGUUGUAAAUUUGUAAAUACUCGGUGCAAGACGAUUAAAAUGUUCUUGUUUGAAAUUUUUUUGUAAGAAGUGUCUGUCUCUGUCACAUCUUUAACUUGUGCGAUUUAGAAUUUUCAGUUACCAUUUUCCGUGGUUGAGUCGUUUUUGUCUAGACCUCCAAAAAGACACAUUUAAUAUUUAAGGAAAUUGAGAAGUAAUUUCCACAAGUAGACCUCAUUUGUAAAGUUUUUCGAAUGAUGCCAGGGGUAACUGAAGAUGCUAGAAAGGGAGAAACGGAAGGGAUACAGUCCACGUUCUCCUUGCAACCAGUCUCGAAAGCGAUCAGUUACAGUUACCACCAGCAUUGUACAGCGCACACCUCGCUAUAACGGACGCCCCAAUAAUACGGACAGCAGCUAAAUCCCAGCCAAAAAUAAAUAGCCGAUGUUCGACCGCUAUAAAUUCCCGCUGUUAUGGACUCUCACGAUUGAAAACACUAACUCAAGUUCCCUAUAGUGUCCGCUAUAAAGGAAGUUGACUGUAGUAGUCUCUCAUUUACCUCAGAGAUAGUUAAGGUGGCUAGUACCACUUUUCACUUCUUUGCGGGGGGGGGCGUUGAAAGUUGAAAUGACAGCAAAAAGUAGAAAGCCUAAGCCGUAGCAACACUUUCGUUCAGUUGGAUUAAACAAGGAGUGCUUGACUUGAAAAAACUGUUCUUUUGUCAGUAGCAGUUACCAUGGCAAGAUAUCCUAAGCUUUUUGCUAAAGGUCCUCUUAUCACAAGGCCCCAUUCUCGUAAACGACCAGCUCUUGCUGCUAACACUUUCAUGGAUUUCCGUAGGCGCCUAGUGUAAGUGCCCCACACCUCCCUCAGUCAAAGCUUUCUUGAGUGUGACUUCCACUACAACCCCACAAACUACCUAUUAGAGGUAAGUUCCGAGUUAGCCUGCGAGCAAGCUCUCAGGGGCGCUCUGGCGGCGUGGCGGGAAUAGGAAGGAGAGCUUGCAACUAAAGUCGAUGCGAGAUGCUGAUUGGCGGAAAUGACAUUAGUAAUGACGUCAUUACCCUUCGCACGUGUUUUUCAAUCUUUGUUUCCAUUUGCAGUCGUUUCCGCUUCAGCUGAUUGGCGGGAAUCUGACAGCUCAUUAAAAAAUUUGUGACAGACAGACAUUCGUAAAACACCCCAUCCAGACGUUCUUCUACUCUGGACAGGUUUUCUCUAUAUAAACGAGACCUAAGGCGUGGAGAGGCUGCAACUGAGCAAGAAGGAUAUCCAUGUUCAAAGACCUAUCCAUUAUAAUUAGAAUGAAAUAGCGUAGAAAGAAGAACUCAGAAAAAAAUUAUGAGUUCCAGAUAGGAAUUGACCUCCUCCAAGUUAUUUGUGGGCUAACUUAACAACCGUGUUGCACAGUCACGUUAACACGUCAAAAGGAGCAUAGCAUUUGCAUAAUCGUUCUGAAAUGGCUUUGAAAUCUGUGGUCUUAGAGGGACAUCUUCUACGAAUAUCCCCCUCUCUAAAUUUUUCAAAGGCGUCAUAUCUCGUAACGAUAGUAACUGGCCACCACUAAACUUAUCUCAAAAUGCGCUCUAGGGAUAAACGAAAAGCUACUGAAAGCUUCAAAUGCUGUUGUUUUAUCGUCUUGUGAAAAACUCAAAAAAACCUCAGAAGGGGGUGGCAACCAAAGGCCCCCCUCCCCCUCCUUGUACGACCGAGGGUUAACAUUCUUGCAGCAAGCUCGGACGUCAACAUCCAAGGGCGCCAGUGGUAGCCGCUAUCAGUCCAUUUAUGAGCUAACUGUAUCCCACCCAUAGCUGAGGGGAAUGAUGUGUGAUGCCAGCACCACCGCGGAAACUUACCCUACUCUUUUUGAACAGUAAUGUGGGUUUCGAUUUGACUAAUGAAAGAAGAACAAAGAAGGAUGAAGGAGACGAGGCCAACGGCUUAUAGUCACCAAUGACGCGAUCAGUCCGAUCAUCUGAACUGCGACAACGUCACAGCCAGUAUGAUCUCACCAGUUAUUCGGGAGUUAGGUGACCAGAGCAUAGAGAUUAGUCACCCUUUGUCACCCUUGGCUCUAAGCUGCGAUGAAGUGUGGUUCUUCUUUGGCUCGGGAUGAUUCCCGGCCUAAGUAAGUAAGCAUAUUCUCCCCAGACCCCUAUCGGAAACCCACUUAACCGGCUGGAGAACUAAGGGUUCGAAAUGAUCAAGGCCCUUGGAGACUGGCGUUCUGAUACCAUUUUUUAUAGUUGAACCUCUCCCAUAAGCGACCACCCAAAAUGCAAAGGUUUGGUGGUCGCUUACUGGAGGUGGUCGCUUACGAGAGUCGGACCGCAAGGGUGAAAUUAUUUUUAGGCAUGCAACCUAGAAUGGAGUUGUAUAUUUAUUCUAAAAAAAAAUGAAAGUUUGCUUUAUUUUUUAGGCAACCUAGAAUGGAGUGGUAUAUUUAUUCUAAGAAAAAUAAUGAAAGUUUGCUUUCCCCUGCUAAUUUUACUGGUACUUUUAUUGAUAAAAUCAUUAGCUAUUCUAUGUGGCAGUUCAUUUAUGGAAGUACGAAAAAUGUCUAGCUCUGAAACUUCUGACGAACAAAAACUUUUAAGUUUAAAGCUUCUUAAACUGAAACCUGGAAAUAUGAAUCUUUUUCUGAAGGGUAAUGGUUAAUAUUGUAGUUAUAGAUCGAAACACAGUAAUAGAUGUGUAGACAAAAAUGAUAGCCAAAGAAUAAAUUCCUUUUCGUCCAUUUUUAAAAUGUAAUUCUCUCUCUAUUAAUACCAAGUGUCAAGUGGUCGCUUACCAGAGGUUUAUAACAAUAGAAAAUUCUAAAACUGUCGGCCAAAAUAGCGGUCGCGGUCGCUUACGGAAGGUGGUCGUUUACUAGAGGUUCCAGUAUAAGGCUUUUGACUGGGAACAGUUUUGAUGUUUUGGGAAGGUGGCCGCACGUGAAGGUUCGACUGUAUACCUGACCAUCCCUUUAACCGUAUUCCUCCAUUCUGCUAAUUGGUAUGCGAAGCUAUUUUACCCAACACCUACACUCCCUCUAUUCCCGACACCUCCACUCCUUUCCCCACGCCAUUGUGAGGUAAAGUCAAUAAACUGAGGAUUGGCACCGGAUGGAUAUACAUAUCACCUAAUUACAUGUAGUAUCAUACGAAAUGCACGCAUGUCAGCCGUGUAAGGCAAGUUUUUGUUGAUAUUGGCAAGCAGUGCAGUGGGGAUUUAAUAAAGCGCCAAGCAUGUCCUUAACCUAUUGACGACGGUUUGCAUCUAGUACAUAAUCUUUUACUAUAUUUCUCGAAAAUGAAAAAAGAAAAGCACAAAAUAACCAAUAAAACGACAGGGAACACCGGCCUCAGUUGUUCAAAAUUAAAGCUGGGUAACGAAAUCCACUAGACAGAUAUCCCACUGGAUGGCACAACUAUUUUUCCUAAUACUUACCCGCUGGAUAGUGAUUUAAUAAUAUCCGGUGGAUAGCGCUAUCCAACAUUUAAACUAACUGGGAGCAGAAGAGAUUUCUUGACAGAUUUAAAGCCCUAAAAUUCCAGAUAACAUCACCCCUUCCUCCUGCCAAGCUCCUUUUAACCAAAGGAUAAGUCUCCUGUAUAGCCUAACCAUCUACAGCCUAUCACCAAUUAACAAGUGCAGACGGUUCGACUUCAGAAAUGUAGCAUAAGGCCUAUUUUACGUCAUAUACAUGGACGGUAAUUUAAGAAUGAGAAGAAAUGUUUUCCAGUUUCUCUUACUGCAAAUUUCCUUAUAAAAAAAAAAACGAAAACAUCCGGCAUAAAUUACGCGACGCGAGCUCUCAUGAGGUAGGAGUUUAGCCAGCAGAGGGGGUUCAUGAAGUUGAUGAACCCCAUUCCUCUUCCCUGUAUCCCUUUGGAUAAGAAUUUGCGUCCUGGAGAUUGUGCCUUGCGAGCGAGAGUCUUUCCUUGCUCUUAUGAGUGUCCGCAAUAUAAUCAGAAUAUACACCCUGAGGUUACCUUUAAAAAACCGUGACUCCUGUUGUUUGGCUAAGUCAGUUCCGUCGGUGAAUCUUUGGAAAUUGUUCCUUUACGUAAACGUGACAAUUUGUAUGCCUUCUGGGUUGUUAUAGAAUUAAUUGAUCAUGAAGUUUCCUAGCUGAGUAAAAUAACUUCAGCUGAAAGUUGGAACUCCCCUGCCAAAAGACAACAUCAAAAUCCCAUGGUCGUGCUAUCAUUGUCGCUUUUUUCACGUAUUUUGUUUUUUUUUUUUUGCCGUGCUCUAUGUGCAUAAUGCGCCACUCGGAACCGGGUUCAUGCACACGUUCGUCCGUACAACACAGGAACCCCAUUCUCACGAGGGAGAUAUUGUUGUUGAGUGACAAAAAUAUUAUAAUGGUUUGAGUUGGAAUUUUAGUGUUCACUAUUUAGGGGUCAAUAGUAGCGAUAAAAAAUCAGAACCUCUUACCGUUUCUCCGUGUUUUCUUAGCAAGCAAGAUUAGGGGUAAGGGAAGAAGAAACCUUAAAAGGCGAAACUGUCUCCCCCAGUUCGCUUCUCCCAGAAACGCAAGGCAACCCUUUCUGCGCGUGCCACCCGCGCGAGGUUCCACGCGCGCGUAAUCACAUCUUGCCGACUGAAAUAAGAGUAUUUCUGUGCUGACAACUCUCCCGGAUAAUCCAGGAGACUCCAGAUUUUGGACCGUAUCCCCCGGUCUCCAGAUUAGAGUCUGAUAUCUCCCGGAUAAUCGCCAAAAUUGCUAUUUCUUGUAGACACGACUUUCUGACCACAAAAUUUCAAAUAUUUUGCGUUGUUUGAGCUACUGUGGGAACGUUUCCCCAUAAAUUCCGGUAUGCCACUGUAAUUUAAGCAAUAAUGUAGCUAAGUAUGAACUGUUUAUGUGCGAUAUGCGGCGAUCGGAAUCAACGAGAAUUUUUAGCACAAAUGACGUCAUUUGACGUGUGAUUUGACGUCAUCUAUCAUUUCUUCCCUAUCAGUUCUCAAUAUUUGAUGACGUGGGGGGUUGACAGUCCUGUUUGUCCGUCUUUAUUUUUUGCAUACUUCUUGUUCGAGGGUCCCCCAGUUGGCCGUUCGGGAUCCGGGAUAUCGUUUAUUUUACCCUGCGAGCAGAGGCCCUUCGAUCUUCCGCAGGGUGCGUUCAUUUGAAAUUAUGCCAUGAUUCUAGGUUUUAGAGAAAAAAGAUGGAGAGAAAUUUGUGACCCUCCUCUUGAAGGAGGUAAAGAAAGGAAACACGAAACUCAUUACUGACGGCCCAAAACGUUCUUCUAAAUAAAAAAUGUCGCUUUAUUUGGCCUGCGCCCUUAAAAUGCCAUAGUUUGGGUUGCGUGAAAAACCGAAUAUAUAAGAUGGUGAAUGCAGUGGUUUGCUUUCUAACAUAACAAAGCAAAGAGAAUAACGAAUAAACGCAUGAAGAAAUGGCGGGAAUGCCGGUUGGAAUAAAUUUUUCCGAACAAAAACAGCUUAGGAAAUAAAAAAAAAUCUUUGAUAGACAAGAAGCCGACCAAUGACCGUGCAUUCCCAUGCAAUUUACAUCGCUCGCGCACGCGCAGUAGUGUCGCGUCUCGCUCACUGCAUCGUGUUUGUCUUGACUCUUACAAAGCGUCUCUUCCCUUGUGCUCUUAUACUGAGAGAACCUUUAGCUUGAGAAAAAGACCUUAGCCGAUCUAGCUUUACAGCGGAGCAAUUUAGACGAGAUUACACAUCUGAGCUAGACAAUUGCUGAAAAGCGCAGAUCCGGAGAUAUGGAAGGUAAUUCAAAAAUCUCAAUGCAAUACGGUACUUUUGUUUCCAAAUCUCAGUCAAACUCUUAUGAGCGACUCCAUGAAUUGUUCUCCCCUUGUAGUCUUAUAUUUCUUACUAGCCUCAUACGAGGCCUUAUGAAGGCCAUAGGACGUAUGGAAGUGUGAACCACCGAAGUCAACUCGCAAAAUUUUUCGGUUCUACGGACAAUUUACACUCAAAAAUGCUCUAGAAUUGUCAUUUAAAUCUUGUUACGUGUAGUAAACGACAAAAAAUGUCUGCUGCGAGUUAUUUCGACGCCGUUUGCUCGGGCUUUCUUCAAUCGAACGAACUCGUAGGAAAUCACAGAGGAAUAUAAAUUAUGCCUGAGGGAAUCACCAUCGCUCGGACCAAGUGAGAAUUUCUAUUUUUUUGGCCAAAAUAUCGCAACGAAGAGCUCAAAUUUCCCCGUAAAUGAUGUAGUUAAUGUCGUUUUGGCAUCGAAGCUUCGUGGACAUGAUGUUGUUCUUGUUUUCACGAAGGAACCAAGUCUAAGAAGCGGGCCGCUGAAGUACAGAAGUCCAAGUCGCCAAAGAAACCUAAGAUUGUGAAGGAUGUAAAGAAAAGCAGAAAAAAGUCCAAAGGCGAUGGACCUCAGGUGAAAAGAGCUUCCUCGGCGUACAUUCACUUUACGACGGAUUUCCGAAAAACGCUGAAAGAGAAAUGCGAGAAGAGUGGCGACCCUCUACCUAAGGCAAACGAAGUUGCGAAGAUGGCGGGCGAGCAGUGGAAAAAACUUACAGCCGAGGAGAAAAAGCCUUACGAUUUAAAGGCUCAGGCGGAUAAAGAGCGCUACUUGAAAGAGGUAAGGAACGAUUUUGAACAAAACAAGGCGAGGACACGGAGUUAAAUUACUCAUCUCUCGGAACUCCAACAUGGCCGCCACAUCCUCGUCCGUGUUAAGCGCAACUGAUGUGUCACGUGAUAGUUUUUUUCUUUCACGCGACAAAUAUCUUCUUGGUACUGAAAAAAUAGUUAAUUCCUAUUUCAGAACUUUUUCCAAUUAACUUUCAAAGAGCAAGAAAUGCAAUGUAAUGAAAACUGUUAUUUUUCCAAAAUAUGUUCAAAUGCUGAAAAUUCUUGUCUUUUUUGCAUAUUCUUCAACUUUGAAUAGUAUUUGAAAUCACUUUCAUUUUUCUUACUGGAAAAUUUCUGCCAGGAAAAUAAACAAAUUGUGUUAGUUUUAGAGGAUAAAUUUGUUCAAGUGCCUCCUCAGGUUCACAUAUCAUUUCAGAUCUUUGAAAUUAAUCAGUCGUGGUAGACUUUCAAGAGAGCUAUCUGAAUGUUUGGUUACAAAAUGAGGUAAAAAAAAAAUGUGAAAUGUUAUUUUCUUUACUAUCUGAUCGUGUUGGUCACAUGGCCAUUUUACAGACUUGAUGUACUGUAUUAAGCUUCAAAUUUGAUGGCAGCAGUUGGUAAGCGCAGCCGUUUUGGUUAUUUCAAACCCUUGAUGUUAUGUUUGCACAAAGUUUGAAAAAAAAUUUUUCUGGCCACCAUUUUAUAUUUUUGACUUUUUUGAAGAAAAUGAACUUGAAGCAUUGUAUUACUUUAAUUGUGACAAAAAAAGGUUUGUUAAGUAUAGAUUUGUAUUUGAGAUUUAGACCGGAAUUAAUAUGUAAGAAUUUACCAGAUAUGUUAAGUUGUUAAUCAGUCUGUUCCAAUUUUCGUAUCAAAGUGGCUUCAAGACCAGGCCAUUGCUAGCAAGAGGCAAGGUACUUGCCUUCUGUAGAUUUAACGUUGCAAUUAAAAGAACACCUGUUUAAUUGGAAAAACCAAUCCUAGUUGAAGAAGAUUGAUAUUUUUGAAGACAUACCUUAAAAUAGCAUCUCAGAGCUUCUAGAUUUCAAAUCUUUUUUUUGGGGGGGGGGGACAUCACCAGAACCCACUUUGCUCCUUUGUUGAUGACAGAUCUUGCUUCUUCCUGUGAGGAUGAAGACCUUGCCAAACUAUAGUUGUUGUUACUGAUACAAGCAACCCAUGCCAGGGCCAUGGCAAGAUGGAUGGCCAGUCGUCAGACAAUCCAAAAAAAGCAAAAGAAUGAAGGCUCUCUUUUUGUGUAAUUCUGUCUUUUAAUGAAAAGCCUCUUAUCUAGAAAAUUUUUAUUCCUUAAGGCGUGUAAAAGAUGAAAAGUCAAAACGUUUGCCAUGAAGACAAUUUCCUCAGCUAACCUUGUCCUAGUUACAGCCCUUAAUCCUGAAGUAACUGUUUUUCUCUGUCUAUACAGAGUGGAAAGCUAGCCAAGAAAGAAUCAGACAAGCCAAAGCGUGCUCCCACUGCCUACUUCAUCUUCCUGGCUGAAUUCCGAGAGCAAAUGAAAGGUAAGAGUACAGAUGGUGACCAAAAGAUUCCAGCCCUUGCCGGUGAAAAAUGGCGAAGCAUGAGCGACAAGGAUAAGGAGAAGUACAAAAAGUUAGAGGCAGAAGCGAAAAAGAAGCAUGAGGCUGCAAUGGAAGAAUGGAAAAAGAAGGUUAGUUUGAUCAAAGACACUUAAAUAUUCUUCAUUCAUAAAAAUUAAAAUUAAGGUGUAACACAAUUUUAUGAACAAAAAUUCUUGCCAGGGUGCAAAGAAAGUCAGUUUUAAAGCUUGUCCCUUAAUUUUGGCAAGCUGUAACUAGGACGUACAGGUACUAGCCCGAGAGUCAUUUCAACUAACCUGAAAAAGAUUUUUUUUAAGUGCAGUAUUAAGAGCUUAUUAUUUAUUAAUGACAUCAGUUAAUAUUACAGUACCUGCUUUACUAAAUCAUUGUAUUAAUAAAGAUAUCAAUUUCACUUUGUCAGAUCAACUUGAAAAAGAGCUUUUGAUCUACUUAAAUUUAUUUUAUUAGGAAUUUAACCUAUAAUAUUAAUUUGUCUUUAAGUUACAGUAUUUCCUUAUUUUGAAUUCCACCCCCAAAACUUUUACCUACCCAUUGGGCAAGUUAAGAACAGAAUUUACUAGCCCAAUUGCAAAAUCCACAAGCCCCAGGCAAUCAGACACGACCUUCUUCCCCACCUCUAGCCUAUUAGGGCUGCAAAAAUAAAAAGUACACAUGUUAGCAUUGCAAAAACAAGGAAACAAAAAAAAACCUUGGCAUACUCUUAUGUUUCUCUCACAGAAUGCAGGCAAAGAAGCUGCCCAGCCUUCAAAACCUAAAACGCAGAGUAAAAAAGCCCCACCGAAAAAGGAGGUACCCAAACCAUCUGAAUCUGAGGAGGAGGAUGAUGAUGAUGAUGACGACGAGGAAGAAGAGGAAGAAGAUGCUGAUGAUGUUGAUGAUGAUGGUAAGUUGGUGAUUUUAAGUAACCUCUCAUCUCUGCAAAGUAAGACUCUAUUGCUUGUUAUUUGCCACCGUCCUUCACUCUUAAUAGCAGUCUAGCAAAAAAAAUUAAAAUUAAACUUUUUAAGAACAAAUAAUUCCUCGCAAAAGCGAGUUUAUGAUUUUGUCUGAAUUUGUGACACCCAUGACUCCCACGAGGAUCACAAAACCAAGUGUGAUAGUUUCUUCGCUAUCAGUCUAUUGAGUUUGGUGAUUGGUGUCCACCAGACGUCAUCCAGCCGGUGACGUCAAGGUGCAUUGGGGGGCUCCAGGCAACCGAUUUUGCGACCUUGCAAGGGAAUCCGACGAGGCUUGAUUUAAUAUCUAUCAGUUUGGUUUUUUUGCAGCCGUUUUAGGAGUCCGAAAGUGCUUUUUGUGAUGAAUUUCGAGGGCAGAAGUACUUUUAAGAGAAAAUGGAAGCGAUUUGGAUCAUUAGCCUUUAAGAUAUGAAUGAAAAUCAUGACAAAACACAUGUUUUGGGUCCCACUUCGCUUAGUUGGGAAUCUGUUCUGGACAGUAAUUCUUCUGAAAAAUAUCUUUGAAUUUGGGUUUGAUAUGGGCUUGAUCAGCUUUAUACAGGGCAAGCUGGUAGAAGAUAACCGCUGGCCAGAUCCCACAUACUGAACAGUUUUGCACCUGCUAGGGCGUCUAGGGUCUCAUCUAUUUGGGGAAGUGGGUAGGCAUCCUUCCUGAUCACAUCAUUCAGCUUGCGGUAGUCCACACAGAAACGAGUACCACCAGAUCCCGAGUUCGAAUCUGGGUGGAACUUACUCUUCUUUUUCUCUUCUUUUCUGUUUUUUCCUUUUCAUUUUUUUUUUUUUUAGUUAAUGUAGUUUUGUUUUGUUUCUUUAUAUAGCAUUUUUUUUUACUGAAUAAAUUUUCUUCCCUAUUGCUUUAUUUCCUUUUCUAGAUUCCUUUUCUUCCUACAUCAUGCCAUUCCCACAAAGUGCUUCACGAGGUCCUGCAAUUCUUGUAGUUCUAGUACUAUAGAGCAUUUUCACAUAACGUCAUGUCCACUAUAUUCCUCCAUAUCGGUGUCCUAAAACAAUGAAACAGCAGCCACGUUGGUGUUCCAAACUAGUUGGAGGUGAACCUUUUUUGAGAUGUUAAAACGGCAUUUUGUGCCAAUCAAUUAUUUGCAUAGGUGCUUGUCACACAAGAGAAAAAUUUCCUGUAAGGGUUUCCAUCAUUUGAAGGAUAAAACCAUUGGAUUUCAUUCAUGGAUUCAAAAGCUAGAGUGAAGUAAAUAAUCCUGAAAUGGCAUGGUCUUGAUUGAAGUGAAAACGUCACACAAUACCAAACAAAGGCCUAAAAGCACUUUGAAUGUCUGUCUUGAGAUAGAGAUGUCUGUUUUAAAGAGAGUCCAAACUAAAAGGAGUGAAGAAAGGCAGGGACCAACUCUAGGUGUUCAUCUUAGCAUGGUGUCCAUUAUCAGCGAGUUGACCUUAUUACCUUAAAAAAAAAAAAGAAACAGUGUUUACAAAACCUGGAUCAGAUCAGCCCUGUAACCCUAUAACCUAUCCCCAGCCUUUAGUGACUUACUGGAGUUGUUAGGAUCGAAGUUUUUGUUAACUGACACCUGAAAAAGGCUAGUCACGGACAGCUACACUGUACUAAAAUCCUGGUCUGGGAAUCUAAAAAAAGGAUUUGUGGGCUACUGACCACAAAGUAUAUACUAGGCAACUAAAAAUAUCAGACUUGAUCAUGUUAUUGAUUUCAUUAUUAGGGCUGAUAGUAAUACCCAUUCUAUUCCCUUUGGGUAAAUGAGUCCAGUCAGGCCUGAGUUUUGUACCUGCCCGUUUUUACAAGGGUAAAUCACGUCUGGAAUGCUAGUCAAAUAAGUGCAAUGUUGCUAUGAGGUGCAGGGAACACCCAUAAACUCGUCUUUUGAUUUUUCAGGAGGAGACGAUGAUGACGAUGAGGACGAUGACGAUGAUGAUGAUGAUGAUGACGAUGAGUAAAAGAAGGGAUACCCUUGCAUUUGUCUCAAAGAGAGCCAUAAUUGUUUACUUUCAUUCGUGAGGUUUUUAGUGUUUUCUUUUUUUUUUUUUUUCCUGAACUUCUAGCCUUUCUCUGGUAUUCUGAUGGUGGCAAGCAACAGAAAGGAAUCCUGCAUCGCCUACAUCAGCAGUUACAACACAUUUCCUAUCUUUUACUUCCCACCAUCUGAAAGCCUUAAACAGGCUGCUAAACUCAAAGAGUAUAUUUCCCAACAAGUUUCAAGUAAGACUAUGUAACAUAGUUGUUUACUGGCCAAAUUUGAUUACAUCAAAUAAGCACCAUCAGUGGUUAGAUUGGCACUUUUUUUUUCUUUUUGAAAAAAGGUUAACCAGUUUUCUCUUCUAAGUCCAGUUUUUGGACUGGCGUUGCUUGUUUGUUUCAACAGCAAUACAUGUAAUUCAAUUUUUUUUCCUACUCAGGCAUAGUUUGAGUUAUUUUCAACUUGACUUAAUUUUGUUCUUAUGGAUAACAGAAAGCAGUAGUUAUUGAAAUUUUUUAGAGCCUUACAUUACAUCAAGAGUUUUUAAAGGCCUUGUUUACAUUGAAAUAGUACAGAACUGAAACUGUCAUACAUGCCAACAGUUUUGUAGGAACAUGCUGCUAAUUAAUUACCUUUUGCUCAAGCGAAAAUGAGACCUGAAUGAACAAACAUCCUUCUUGCCAAAAUUAUUGUGCUAUGAUAUUAAUUUUUUAGUCUCUUCUAAACUAUUCCUGUUAUGUAGAUAAUUCGUAACUUUUUUCUUUUGUUUAAUUUUGUCUUCACUUCUUUCUUUCCAUGCUACUAAAUAGUUCAUUCUAUUCCAUACUUUAUUCAGGUUAUUUGCAUUCAAAGACCUCAUCUUUCAUCUGAAUUGAUGACUACUAACAAUUUAAGUUUUACAUGUAAGGACCUGUUACACUAAGCAAUAUGAUUUUUUUUGCAACUUUUCACACAGUUUGCUGCAUUGUUGUGAGAAAAAAUGCAGAAGAUGCUGUUUAGUGCAACAUGCCCAUUUGUUGCAGCUUUGCCGUAAUAGUUGCAAGAGUUAAAAUUAGAUCCUACAACUUUGUACAAUCUUGCUGCAAAAGCACUUUCCAAGAGUUUUUCAUGCAGCAAUUUUUAAACAUGCAGGAUACGUCUUAGCACUAGUUCUCUGCAGAAAGACUGUAACAAGGGCUUUAGUUGUCUUUGCUCGCAUUUUUGAAUCAGUCUAGACUUACAAGACAUUAUAUGAUAUGCGACGUCAUUCUUUGAAAGUUGUGUGCGGCCUUAAAGGUUUCCUCCAUCACCACCACCACCAUCUCCCCUCCACCCCAGUUUGCUUUUAGUGUGAAAAAAUAUGUCGUUAUUGAAUUUGUACAAUUGUCCAAGUAGCUGUGUGUAUUAAUUUUAUUAUGAUUUAGUUAGGUCAGCUUAAGUUAAUUAAACCAUAUUACUGUGUUUAGAACAAUCCAACAAAAUUAAGUUUUGGAACAUAAGAAGUAAAUGACCUCUUUGAUCAACAGUACACGAGCAAAAUUGUGAAGUUCUUUUCUUUAUAUUCCCAUACAUAACACUCCUGUGGUAAGUUGUCAAUAAUCGGCUUAUAAAUACUGUGAAAUGUAAGUUUUAUUCAGCUUCUGGAGUUGUUUGUACAGGUUAACCCUUGAAUCUUCGAUAUCAGAAAACAAAAUCAAUUCUGUCCCCACAGAUCUUGUACAAUGGUACUUGGCAGGGAGAAGUUGAAUUUGUUGAUAUAUGUAUUGAAUUCAUCGCAGGUGAUCAUGUUCCUAAUUCUCCUAACCUUUUAGGUAUUAAUAGAAUAAGGAGAUAAUUGAUUUUAAUCAACACUUUGAGCAAGUCGAAGACUUUUUAGUCUUUGGCUUAUUGGCCUUAAGGUUAAGAUCAAGUGUAGUAUAUUAUGACCUAUAUAAAUUACACACAACCGAACCGUAACUAGUAGAAGUUGAUUUCUGCAUAGUUUCUUGUGGUAAAUUAAGGUGCCUUUAGUUUUCCUUUGAGCUCCUAGAGCUGAGGAAACUAUGAAUAUCUCAGUUACAGGGGUGAGAGAAACCACAGUAUCCCUCAAAGGUAGUUUAAUAACGGGAUCUUGUUGUAAGCUAGCAAUAAAAUUGUGUUGUUGAUUGGUAGCAAGGGGUUAUUUUCACUGAUUUUGUUGGCCUUGUUUGUAAACUAUCCUCGAAAAGCCUUUUUAGUUUGUACAUCUCUGUUUGUAAGUGUUUUAAAUAAAGCUGUUCUUUUUC